AAAUCACAAAAAAAAAACAAUUUAAUAGACAUAUAAUAAAGCAACAACAGUUCACUACCUUAAAAGUUGAAAAACUACCUGUUCACUCGCUCGCAACAUUUAACCCAAAACUCGCUCCGGACUCUCUCCACAAGCAGAUUGCUCAGCGUUUUCAUGCUCUCACAGCUGUAGAAAAAAAUAUUAAACAAAUUAUAUUUACGCUGCUGAUCUCGACGCGGCUCCAGCAAACUCGUUUACGGGCGGAUAAAUUGAUAAAUUGUGUGUGCGUGUGUGUUUGUGGUUGUGUGUGUUUUAUGAGAAAAGUAAAAAUACUUAAAAUAAUAAUAUUAAAAUAACUUAAAAGCAAAAAAUUUCACACACAAAUAUAGAAUAACAACAAAUAUUUGUAUUUGUCGUUUACCAAGUGCAAUAGAAACUUGUUAAGCGCAACAUUUUUUUAAGCAGAUAAGAAAAACAUACAUACGGUAUGUACAUUUCUACAUAUGCACAACAAUAAUACGCCCCCUCCCAAAGCAAGUAGUUGAUGUCAGUGAAUGUCAAAUAGCAAAAUUUCUGUGUAAAUUUAAACAAAAAAAAAAAGAGGAAAAAAUUGUAAUAUGCGCAAAGCAAUGUGCGUUGAGUGAGUGCAAAUACUAAUUGUGAAAACAUACAUACAUACAGUGUAUUUCAAAAUCAAAAUAAGAGCAUAGAAAAUCGUAUUCGAGUGAAGAGUGCGCCGAAUUUGUAGUGUUCUCAUCAACCAUAUUCUGGAUAUCUCCAUAUAUUUUUGUUGUUGCUGUUUUAUUUUCGUGUACGUUGCAAGAUCAAGUUUUGUGCCUCUACCGUCGUAUAUGCAUACAUACUGAUGUUUUUUUUUUCGAUCAUUCAAAAAUUUAUGUAUGCACCCAAAAUAAAACCCGUUUGGCGCUGAUUCAAUCGCAAAAUUCACGGAAAUCCAUCUACCUGUGCAACUCUGUCUGCCCUCUGCGCUGUCAAACAAGCAGUGCAGCCAACUUCAUUCUAGUUGCAUUUGAAGCCGUUUUAGUUGAAUAAGCUUUUUUCCUAAUCCAUACCGAUAGCAGAAGAAACAAAAACUGGCAAUAGCAAGCAAAAUCAAAGUGUGUUAAAAUAUAUUUUGAAAACGAAAUAAAAAAAAAAUAGAAAAAAUUAAAAUUCAAUAAGCAAUAAACAAAAUGGCACCAAUGCCCAGGAUGAAGGGCACCAAGCCCAACGGUGAUUUUCUCUAUGUCGAGGCCGAAUCACCGGGUGACUCAAGUCCAACGCCCUCAACGCCGCCCUCCAGUACAGAUGCCGCCAAAUCGCAAUGCUCCUCACUCUCCGAUGGCGAAUCGUAUGAGGGUUAUGGUGAAAAUGAAGUACGCGGCUUGCAUCAUCAUCAUCUCGGUCAUCAUCAUCAACGCACCGCGUCUAGUGUAUCCGCCGGUUUGCUAGGCACUGAUGUUGCCAACAACAACAACCACAACAACAGCAACAAUAAUGGUAGCCCUGUGGCAAGCGGCAGUGGCGGUGGUGUUGGCGGUGUAGAAUUAGAGUUAGCGCCACAUAACAAUGCGGCGUCAACGCCGAGCAACGAUGACGAAUUGAGUAUCAUUCCACGCGACAAUUGGGCACGCAUGAGUCUGCGUCGCACCACCACGUCUUCCAGCAAUCCUGAUAGCCUGACAAAUCGUCGUUGGGGCUCUAUGAGACAUUCCGGUCGUCGGCAAUUGGGCUCAAAUGCCUUAGCCAGUCAACUUUACAGAUCAUCAAGUUUCAAUUCAUCCGGGCGUAGCUCCAAUUGUGAUACCACAGAAGACAUGUAUAGCGAUAUAAGUUUGGAUAAUGUGCAGGAUUUGAACUAUAAGGUAAAUAAACAAACGAAAAACAACACGUUUCCAUACCCUUAAUUUCGCACGUUUUUCACAUGACUUAACCAGUAAGUGUAAAUGUAUGCAUAUAUAUGUAUGUAAGUUCAUUAUUACUAUAUUCGCCUUUUUGUCUGCAUUUUGGGCGUUGGAGAAGAACCGGUCGCCAGCUAUUUAUUAAUAAGUGUUAAACUCGUUGAACUAUUGCACUCGCAAAGCGACGAGAAUCUAUUUGAAUUUUCUCAUAAGACUAGUUAGUAUAAGUAUACAUAUAUGUAAAUAUGUUUAUCAAACAUAUCCACCUGCAAAUAUUGUGUUAAAAUCGACUGGCUUGUCUGAGAGCCGAGCAAACUCCUUACAUACUUCACCUACCUACUUCACCUCAGCCUUCUCCACUUAAGCUCUCCUUGACUAGCCUCAUGCCGGCAACGCUUGGCUACUUAAAUAUUACAAAUAUUUACCGGCAGGUGUUCUUGCUGAAUUGUAACAAGCUCAAACAGCUGGUGUACAAGCUCUUCAUUCCUUUCCACUACAAUUUCAUAAGCUUCUUUUUACACAUUUUCUUCUUUGCAUGCAUUCCACUUUAUUUAUUGCAUAUGCAUUUUUUAAGUAUUCUAUGCCAGUUGUUUUAAGCUGAGAACCCUCUCUGCUUGCCUAUUUUGUUUGCAACGGCACAGAUUUGCGCAAAUAAACAAGCUAAAUUAUAAGUAAAGGUACUAGCUGUUUCAAAUACCAGACAAACACCAUAAGCACUCAAACAGACAAAAAUAAAUGUAUGUACUCGUAUGUACUUAUGCUUAUUUAUUAACGCUUUUUUUGUUUUUGCAAAUAUAAGCCUUUGGCAUAGAAAAAAUUCUUACGUCAUUUUGAACUUUAUUUGCGCGGAAAAAAUGCUAACUCUUGUGUGUGUGUGGAUUGCUUGCAUGGAACUAUGUAUGUGUCGAAUAGGUUUUUUUUUGGCAAGGUUGUACAAGGUAAACCGGGUGGAUUGUCUGAUCAAGUAUAUAAGAAUGAGAUAAGUAAAAAAUUAAAUUGAAAAGG